AUGAGCGAGGUUCUCAGUAAACUAACGACAAAGUUUGAAACACUGGUAUCACGACUUCGUGCAAAAGCUGCUAUUAUGCAAAAGAAGAAAGCAGCUAGAAGUACAUUGGAAAAACCAGUUGAGGGAAUCGCCCGCCACCUCAGAGAUCAUAGCAACGUCAAAACCGUCAAGAUAAUGGCUCUCGACAACGAAGUGACGGCCAAUGUUGGGUAUCGCCACGCUGAGGGCAAAGCCAAUGCCUCGGAUAAGACAUAUCGCGCGUUUCUAAUGGACUUCGAAGCCGGUUAUAAUAUCACAUUGGAUAGCGAGGACGAGGAAGAAACCAACAAUAAUGACAAGGAUGAAGUAACAGCGUACUUUAUGGCGUUCUUACACUGGAUAACAGGUGAGGAGACUGAGCAAGAUAACCCCUCUACCAUUGCUUCUCAGUUCGUGAUAGACCAACAUGACAGUAAGAUUUUCCAUGGAAUCUUACCCGACACGGGAGCAGCGAGAGUAUUAAUGGUUGGAAGACGUCAACUCACCGCUUUACAAAAGAUCUAUCCAGGGAUCAUGGUCGACAAAUCUCGUGCAGGAGAGCACUCAAUUCGAUUUGGUCAAGGGGAUAGCGUUGACUCUGAGGGAGCUGUUACUAUCAAGACCCCAAUUGGCAAUAUUGAUUUCCAUGUUAUGAAUACACCGACCCCAUUCUUACUUUGUAUUACUGAUAUGGAUCGCCAUGAAGCUUAUCUUGACAACACCACCAACUGCUUGGUUAAGGGAGAUUUGAGAGUGCCAAUUGUCCAGAAAUAG